AAAUUACUAUCAGCUUGUGAAAUCUACUUCCUAUGAAGAUUCUUUAAAGGCAAUUGAGGCUGAUAUUCAGUAUGCCAAUUUGCUUUCAUUGUUCAAGGAAAGGAAAAUGGAAGAGCAAGUGGAGGAGAAAGUUAACCAGCUGUUUUCUUUCCUUGGUUUGAAUCAAGAUAAAAAUGUGGAGUAACUAAACUUUUGUUACUCUAUGGUAGUGAGCCCAAAAGAAAAAGGCUCCUCAUUUUUCUUUUUUCUUUUUCAAUGCACACCAAACAAAGGAGGCAAUUCUUUUUGGAAUUUCCCUCUUUCUUCCCCUUACUAACAUAAUAUAACGUUUAUAUAGCCGAAUUACUGGAAUGGACUAAUGAAUUUUUCAUUACCGGUCUGUAUGCUAGUUCCACAGAUAGCACUAUGACUAGCUGAAAUUUUGCAAUAGCUUCAAAUGAUUAUGUUAUAUGGUCCGAGAGGUGGUUUUGGUCAGUUAAAUAUCAGUUUUUAUUAAGUGCAGCGAUAUAAAACUUUAUCACAGUUAAAACUUUAUGAAUUCCUUAAUUGGCAAUAUUAGAAGUUCUCUCUUUAGUAAUUUUUGACAUAUCAAGUUCACAUAUAGUUGAAAAUUAAAUGAUGAGACAAUACAAUGAAAGAGUAAUCUGCAAUGCAAGAGUUAUUGAUGGUAAGGAAUAUUGUUGAACGCACUAAGUAGGUCUCAGAAUAGUACUUUUUGCUAUCUGUAUGAGAGUAUGAAAGUCUUUGUAUCUGCAAUCUUCAAUUUCCUUUCUGUUGUUUCAACUGUUCUGGGUUUAUAACGCUGAAUUUGCUGGUGAUUAUAUAGCCAAUUGCUAAAAUGUGUCGCUGGACAAAUUGUUGUUCUGGCUGCAGUCUUAAACAGCAAAGAUAACCUUUUUGUCACUCUAAAUUACGUGUUCCAGGGCAGCUUCUAUUCCAAGGUUCAAGAAUGGCACUUGUCUACAAAUGAAAUUGGUGUACAGUAACUUGGCACCGAUACUUUUGUUCUUGCUCCAGCGGAUGGAUUGCUCAUGCACAUGCUUACUUCCAAGUUAUUUCAAUCUCUUCCACAUAGUUGUAUACAAAGUUAUCCCCAAUAGCAAGAAGAAGAUUCCUUUAGAUGGGAGGAAAGCAAGCAUUAGAGAAUUCUAUGCGGUUCUAUUACCAUCUCUCCAGCGCUUACAUGAUAGCUCAUCAGAGCAGGAUAGUAGUCAAGACGAACAUCAAGUGUCAAAAACGAUCGUUGGGAAGAAAGUACAAGAGAAAAAGCAUUUCGAUGCUGAUCUAGAGAAAGAAGAUGAAUGUGGAAUCUGCUUAGAACUGUGCACCAAAAUAGUUUUGCCAAACUGCUAUCAUGCAAUGUGCAUUAAUUGCUAUCGUGACUGGAACUUAAGGUCCGAGUCCUGCCCAUUUUGCAGAGGAAACCUCAAAAGAGUGAACUCAGGAGACCUGUGGGUUCUCACGGGCAAUAGUGACAUUGUUGACCAGGAAACUCUUUCAAAUGAGGACAUGUUGCGUUUCUAUCUUUACAUAAACAGCCUGCCUAAAGAUACUCCAGAAGCCCUCUUCUUGGUUUACUAUGAAUAUUUGAUAUGAUUUAAGUUCUGAACUUAGACCUUUGACUAGAAGUUUAACAAUGCCGACCAAAACCUGUGGAUAGAGUCUGGUGAAGCCUUCUUUUUCUUUAAUUCAGCAAAGAAGCUGUUACCUCACUUUCAGCACUCUGAGAAGUACUAUUUGAUUUGUAAGCAUUUCAUCUUCUGUUAGUAGAGACGCUAAGAUACGGCCUGUGAUAUCUUUCAAGAGACAUGUCUUUUGCAAUUAAAGAGUCAGACAAAUGUAAAAACGUUUAUAAUGCUCGUGAAAAAAUCAUACCACAGUGAGGCAACAUGUUAGCUUGCAUUAGAAAGUAAGAAGAUGGAUUGACCAUUAUUCAGGCUCUUGCCUCUACAAUCUUAUCUGGUCUUUAUAUCCAUGUUCAACUUUCCCAUUUUGUGAGUGGUACUUUGAAAGCUAAAUUUCUUAGGCCUCGUCCAUGGAAAGGAGAUCAGCUUGUAAAAUGAGGUCCAAAGAUGCCCCAAAUAGUCAAGUCUUUUAACAUGCUAAAGGUCAAAGCAAUGGUUUCUUCUGUCAAGUAUUUGGAUGAAGCUGCUGAUCUCUUGGCCCAUGUUCUUCUGAUAUUUAAAACAGCAAAUACACUCAAUAACCUUGAAAAUGGAUGGUCUUGAUUUUUUGAUGCUUGCUUGCCCCAUGGGCAAACCUUUAAAUCAAAAGUCAAAAGUGUUGCCUAUGGGCAAGCGAGGGGCAACAUAUGUUAAACUUGAAAUUCUGCCCAUGGGAUAAGCGGGGUCAAAAGAUCAAUAGUGUGUCCUAUUUCUGUCAUUCACCCUGUCUUCUGUAGAGACUAAAAUUCAAAUCAAACUUUAUCUUUUGCUGUG